UAUCAUUAAGAGGGUGCACACUCACUCUCUAAGCUAUUUUUGUUUUUCUGGUUUCAGAAUGGGUAAAGUUUCGUUUUAAUCACAUUUAUAAUUUUUUUUAUUGGCAGAAUAAUUGUAGUGGGAUGUGGGAGCUUCCAUAACUUCUUCAGAGUGUGAAUAAAAUACUUUUGCCAACAUGCCAACUGUGGUUCUUAUGGACGCAUCACUGUCCAUGACACGGCCUGUGUCACUGGAAGGUAGCGAGGAGUUUCAGAGGAAGAACCUGGCUGUUCAUGGCCUGACCAUGCUAUUUGAACACAUGGCCACAAAUUACAAGUUGGAGUUCACGGCACUUGUCGCCUUUUCAUCUCUCUGGGAGCUCAUGGUGCCUUUCACCAGGGACUACAACACUUUACAGGAGGCCUUGAGCAGUCUAGAGGACUAUGAUAAAACCUGCCUGGAGUCAGCACUGCAAGGAGUCAGUAACAUUGUGCAGCAGGAGUGGGGCAACACCUGUCCCUGCCAGGUGGUGUUGGUGACUGACGGAUCUCUGGGUAUUGGUCGUGGUUCUUUGCGCCACUCCCUGGCCACACUGAAACAACGGGGAGAGGACAAGAAGUUUCCCCUACCUUUCCCAUUCCCUUCCAAACUCUACAUCGUGUGUAUUGCCAGUGCAGAGGAGCUCCAAGCCACUGAUGCCAUGGACAAUUUGGAGCAGCUUCUCACAUUAAGUGGUGGAGAAGGACAGAUUUUUAUGAUGGAUGGACCACUAUGUCUGAAAAGUGUUCAAGCAAUGUUUGGGAAGUUGAUUGACCAGGCAUAUAUGCCUUUCCAUGCCGUGCUGCGCUGUGGGAACCUGGCGUCUGAUGUGCAGGUGUUUCCCAGGCCAGAACCUGUGCUGUUAGACGAGGAGCUUGACCCGGUACCAAAAACAGUGCACACAGAGUUGGAGAUUGUGGGUUUUAUUGAGAUUGGUGAUAUCGCCAGUCCUCCAGUCUUGUCCAGACAUCUGGUCCUACCCAUAGCUGUGAACAAAGAGGCAGAUGAAGUAGGAGCAGGGGCUGCUGAUGAGAUGGAAGAGGAGACGCCAACCAAUCAAAUGGCAGGAAAGAGCCCGAAUUUUUGUGUCCUUCUACAUGGCAGUCUGAAAGUGGAAGGCAUGGUGGCCCUUGUACAGCUGGGGCCUGAUUGGUUUGGGAUGUUGUACUCACAAGCAGAUAGUAAGAAAAAGUCAAAUUUGAUGAUGUCGAUUUUUGAGCCUGGCCCAGAGCCUCUACCGUGGCUGGGGAAAGUCUCUCAGCUUGGACCCAUUUCAGAUGCACCAGAAAAUCCUUAUGGGGAGGAUGAUAGCAAAAGCCCUUUCCCUGUCCUCCCCAAAAGCAAACGCAGCUAUGCCCAAAAUGUCACAGUCUGGAUCAAAGCCAGUGGACUGCAGACAGAUGUACAGAAAAUCCUUCGAAAUGCAAGAAAACUUCCAGAGAAAACGCAAACCUUCUACAAGGAGCUAAACCGUCUGCGUAAAGCUGCUCUAGCAUUUGGUUUCUGGGACUUGUUAAAAGGUGUGGCCGAGCUGUUGGAAAGGGAGUGCACCUUACUGCCGGACUCUGCCCAUCCAGAUGCUGCUUUCCAGCUGUCCCACGCUGCCCAACAACUCAAAUUGGCUAGUAGUGGAGACCCCAAAUAUGCAGCUUUUGAUCAUGUAAUCACACCCAUGCUCACUGACUUCUCGGGGGGAGGAAGUGGGACCGACAGGAUGUAGGUGAAUAACAGGCUCCUGCAUAAAAAAAAAAAAAACUUUAAAUGUGUCACUGGAAACUAUUUUGCUCCUCAUUGCUUUUUCAACUGUGACAAGGCUGACAAUAUGAUCUUGGAUUGUUGAAUUUCUACAAGUUAAAGUUUAGGAAUAGAUAAGGAGCUGUGAAUUUUGUGGCACAUGAACCACUGAUUCAUGGCAUGCCUUUUUGUACUUGGAAGAAAGAAGCUCGUCUCCCAAGAACCUAUUUGUCCAAAAUUAUUAAUAGUUUGUGUAAAUAGCUUUUUUUUUUUUUUUUACAACUGACCCAAAAGAACUAAAAGUACAUCUUACAUUUGUAAUGUACAACCCCGAUUCCAAAAAAGUUGGGACAAAGUACAAAUUGUAAAUAAAAACAGAAUUCAAUAAUUUACAAAAUCUCAAAAACUGAUAUUGUAUUCACAAUAGAACAUAGACAACAUAUCAAAUGUCGAAAGUGAGACAUUUGAAAUUUCAUGACGGCAACACAUCUCAAAAAAGUUGGGACAGGGGCAAUAAGAGGCUGGAAAAGUUAAAAGGUACAAAAAAGGAACAGCUGGAGGACCAAAUUGCAACUCAUUAGGUCAAUUGGCAAUAGGUCAUUAACAUGACUGGGUAUAAAAAGAGCAGCUUGGAGUGGCAGCGGCUCUCAGAAGUAAAGAUGGGAAGAGGACCACCAAUCCCCCUAAUUCUCAUCUCAUCAUCUCUAGCCACUUUAUCCUGUUCUACAGGGUCGCAGGCAAGCUGGAGCCUAUCCCAACUGACUAUGGGCGAAAGGCGGGGUACACCUCUGUGCCAACAAAUAGUGGAACAACAUCAGAAAGGAGUUCGACAGUGUAAAAUUGCAAAGAGUUUGAACACAUCAUCUCCAGUGCAUAAUAUCAUCAAAAGAUUCAGAGAAUCUGGAAGAAUCUCUGUGCGUAAGGGUCAAGGCCGGAAAACCAUACUGGGUGCCUGUGAUCUUCGGGCCCUUAGACGGCACUGCAUCACAUACAGGCAUGCUUCUGUAUUGGAAAUCACAAAAUGGGCUCAGGAAUAUUUCCAGAGAACAUUAUCUGUGAACACAAUUCACCGUGCCAUCCGCCGUUGCCAGCUAAAACUCUAUAGUUCAAAGAAGAAGCCGUAUCUAAACAUGAUCCAGAAGCGCAGACGUCUUCUCUGGGCCAAGGCUCAUUUAAACUGGACUGUGGCAAAGUGGAAAACUGUUCUGUGGUCAGACGAAUCAAAAUGUGAAGUUCUUUAUGGAAAUCAGGGACGCCGUGUCAUUCGGACUAAAGAGGAGAAGGACGACCCAAGUUGUUAUCAGCGCUCAGUUCAGAAGCCUGCAUCUCUGAUGGUAUGGGGUUGCAUUAGUGCGUGUGGCAUGGGCAGCUUACACAUCUGGAAAGACACCAUCAAUGCUGAAAGGUAUAUCCAGGUUCUAGAGCAGACCUGGGCAUUUUACGGCCUGCGGGCCGCAUCCGGCCCUUUGGUUCAUUCUGAGCGGCCCGCGUAAGGUUAAUGAGAAAUUACAAAAUAAACUUAUUUUCUAAUUUUACCUCAUGCAUGGACUGAAUGUGCAUUGCUUUUAUUUUGAAGUUAUGUUCGACAAAAACGCAAUGCGCGCGACAUGAAAUCCCACGAAACCUAAUCCCGCGAUACCUACUUCUGUAAUUUGUCCAGACCAACCACAAACUUGUACGUCAUCCUUCAAACGGUCCAGCCAAUCACAUCGUGUGACGUCACUAGCAGGCGCCGGAGCCGAUCUCCGGCGAAAAGCACCAAAUGAGGUGAUUAAACUACAAAUGUGGGCAUCAUUAUUAUAAUAUGAUGUAUCUUGAUAUUUGGAGUAGAAAGACAAUAUUGUGAUGUCUUUAUUGUGUUUUGGGGUGAAUGUGACUGAAAAAAAAAAAAGGUACAAACGUUCACAUUUUGUUAACCAUUGUUUUGGGAAAUUUGAUCGGAUAAAUGACAUUUUUUGUAAGGCAACCUCGUUUCUUCCAUACGCUUACCAGUCUUAGCAGCUUGUAAAAACAAUGUUAUUUACUGCUUUAUAUAAAGAAAUACAAUUAAUAUUAUGCAGAAUUUAGUUCAGCCUUUUGGUCCGGCCCUCCACAAAAUUUUCUGUUUCUCAUGUGGCCCCAUGGAAAAAAUAAUUGCCCACCCCUGUUCUAGAGCAACAUAUGCUCCCAUCCAGACGACGUCUCUUUCAGGGAAGACCUUGCAUUUUCCAACAUGACAAUGCCAAACCACAUACUGCAUCAAUUACAGCAUCAUGGCUGCGUAGAAGAAGGGUCCGGGUACUGAACUGGCCAGCCUGCAGUCCAGAUCUUUCACCCAUAGAAAACAUUUGGCGCAUCCUAAAACGGAAGAUACGACAAAAAAGACCUAAGACAGUUGAGCAACUAGAAUCCUACAUUAGACAAGAAUGGGUUAACAUUCCUAUCCCUAAACU